UUUGCAUUCUGUUGGUACUGAUACGAGUGACAUGAAAAUAGUAAUGGAAAUCUAGAGUUCUAGAAUUUGGGUCAGAAGUACAUUGCAUAUUACAUGAUUAAUCUAUUCUUAUAAUAUCUGUGGUAAUAUAAUAACGGUAAAGAAGUGUUAUCAAUUUUACGCAUUUACAAAAGUAUCAAAAAUAAUGGGACGAACUGUAUACGCAGAGGAACGUCUUCACAAUUAUUUAAUAUCUUUAGCAAAGCCGGAUGAAUAUACAAUAGGAUUAAUUGUGGGACAGGUUCGAUUUUUGUUAUUUUAUUUAAUUUGUAUUCUUUUUAAAAUUGAUAUGUUAGAUAAAAGUUUAGAUAAUAAUUCAAUUUAAAUUUUUAAUACAUUUUAUCUAAAUUAAAUUAUAAUUAAUGUUACAGAGUACUGGUCAAAAAGAUUAUAUUGUACAUUUAGCAAAAACACCACCACCUAUUGGUAAAAAUGUUGUAGAAGAAACAUUGCUUAAUACAAUAAAAUCUGAACAAAAUACUAUUGAAAACCACAUUAAAUCAGUAAAAGAUAUACCUGAGAGUUGGGUUGCAGAUCAUGCAAAACAUGUCACUAGAAUGUUACCUGGUGGAAUGCGUGUUCUUGGUACAUUUAUUAUUGGUCCAGAGGACAGUAUAAAUGAUAACAAUAUACAAAAAUUUAAAUCUGUUCUUACAUCAAUGCAUAAAAAUUUAUUACACAAUAAAUAUUUAUGUGGGGAUAAUAAUGAAGAACAUCUUAUUUUAAAUUUAAAUAGCAUUACACAAAAAUACACUUGUAAAUCUGUAGAAAUAAAUAAAAAUGGAAUGUUUAAAUCAGUAGAUUGGAAAUUUCAAACUAGAGCUACCAAAUGGCAUCAACUUGAAGCAUUUAUAAAUUUUGAUCGCCUAUUUCUUAUUGCUGCUAAUAAAGAUCCAGAAACUCUUAAAAAACAACUGCAAGAUAUUUUAAAAACUAUAUCAGAUAUUGUUGAAACUUCUCUUAUUGUUAUUGAAGGAGAAGUUUGGUCCCCACAUGAUACAUUAGAAGUAAUUAGCAAAAACAAAAAAGAUGAAAAAAAUUGUAAAAGUAAUGAAAAAAAUAAUAAUGACCAAUCUAUUCAAAUUAACUUAUAUAUUCCGUGUCAAGAAGAAAAUAUUAAUUCUGAUGUGAAGGUAACGCCAUGCUCUGCUUCUAUACGUUUGAUUGGUCAAUUAGUAAGUAGAACUUUUGUUCAUCAGAAAGCAAUUGUCGAAGAAGCUAAUACAGCAAUAAAACAAGACAUAAUAAGAUCAUUAGCAAGUAGAUUAGAAAUGCAUUGGGAUAGUUUGAUUGAAGAAGAAAAUGGAUCUCCAGAAGAAAAUAUAACAUUACAUGAACCUCCAAGGAGAGUAUUAAUAGCAUUGCCUGAGAGUAAAAUUACUUUAUCGGAUUAUCUAUUUCCUGGUGAAGGACCUCAAGAAGCUCUUUUGUCAUUGCAAGAACUUUUAGACUUAGAAGUUCAUGAAAGUACUGUUCAAAAAGAUAUUGAACUUGAAGCUGAUCCUGCAGAAUUUUAUUUUCAAAAUAAAAUUGAUGUAAAAACUGUUGAUCUUGGUAUAGAUUCAUCUGGAAACCAAAUAAAGGUAUAUAUCACAAGUUUUAGUAUUGCACUUUUAAUUAUAAUUUUUGCUAUUAUAAUACAUAAAUUUUAUUAAUAUCAAAAAUAAAUUUAUAAAAGAAUUUAUAUUUUAUUAUAAUAUAAAAGAUAUAAAUAUAUAUAUUUGAAUCAUUAUAAUGAAUGCAUAAAAGGAAACAUUAGCAAAUAAAAACAACUGUUUUGACAUGGUGAUAAUAUAUUUAUGUGUACAGAGACAAGUCGUAUUAUCUGUAAAUUAUCAUGUAAAAGUAUUAAAUUAUUAAUCUAUAUAUAAUCUAUAUAAAUUAUGUAUACAUUGAAUAUAUCUAAAAACAAAUUGUAUCAAUAAUUUUAUCCUAAUAUUUUAUGUCAUAAUUAAAUAUUUUUGUAAAAUUAUACAUACAUUUGAGGUAAAAACAAAUGAUUGAAUAAAAAUCUUUUAAUAAA